AUGGCUCGGGGGAGUUGGCCUCGGCGUGCCGCGGGUCCCGCGGAGCCCGGCGCGCAGGAGGCUCCCCGGGGCACUGACUGCUGCUCCUGCCGGUGGCUCCUUCUGUCCUCGCGCGCCCGAGUCUGGACCUGGAGAGCGGCCGCGACGGUGUCCCCCACCUGCGGGCUGGGCUCGGCCGGAUGCUGGACCAGACCAAUUUUGAAGAAAGGAUACAGACAGCGCUUGGAAUUGUCAGACAUAUACCAUAUCUCUUCUUCUGAUUCUGCUGACAAUCUAUCUGAAAAAUUGGAAAGAGAAUGGGACAGAGAACUGGCUUCAAAGAAAAAUCCCAAACUCAUUAAUGCCCUUCGACGAUGCUUUUUCUGGAGAUUUAUGUUCUAUGGAAUCAUAUUAUAUUUAGGGGAAGUCACCAAAGCAGUCCAACCUCUCUUACUGGGAAGAAUCAUAGCUUCCUAUGACCCAGAUAACAAGGUGGAACGCUCCAUUGCCAUUUACUUAGGCAUAGGCCUAUGCCUUCUCUUUAUCGUGAGGACGCUGCUCUUGCACCCAGCCAUUUUUGGUCUCCAUCACAUUGGAAUGCAGAUGAGAAUAGCUAUGUUUAGUUUGAUUUAUAAGAAGACUUUGAAGCUAUCAAGCCGUGUUCUGGAUAAAAUAAGUAUUGGACAACUUGUUAGUCUCCUUUCCAACAACCUGAACAAAUUUGAUGAAGGACUUGCACUGGCACAUUUUGUGUGGAUUGCUCCUCUGCAAGUGACGCUGCUGAUGGGGCUGCUCUGGGACUUGUUGCAGGCCUUCACCUUCUGUGGGCUUGCUUUCCUCGUAGUCCUCGCCCUUCUUCAAGCCGGGUUAGGGAAAAUGAUGAUGAAGUACAGAGAUCAGAGAGCUGGAAAGAUCAAUGAAAGACUGGUGAUAACGUCAGAAAUGAUUGAAAAUAUCCAAUCGGUUAAGGCAUACUGCUGGGAAGAAGCAAUGGAAAAAAUCAUUGAAAACCUAAGACAAACAGAACUGAAACUUACCCGGAAGGCAGCCUAUGUGAGAUACCUCAAUAGCUCAGCCUUCUUCUUCUCAGGGUUCUUUGUGGUAUUUUUAUCUGUGCUUCCUUAUGCACUGCUCAAAGGAAUCAUCCUUCGAAAAAUAUUCACAACCAUCUCAUUCUGCAUCGUUUUGCGCAUGGCAGUUACUCGGCAGUUCCCCUGGGCAGUACAAACUUGGUAUGAUUCUCUUGGAGCAAUAAACAAAAUACAGGAUUUCUUACAAAAGCAAGAAUAUAAGACAUUGGAAUAUAACUUAACAACUACAGAUGUAGUGAUGGAGAAUGUAACAGCCUUCUGGGAGGAGGGAUUUAGUAAAUUAUUUGAGAAAGCAAAAGAAAAUAAUAACAAUAGAAAAAUUUCUAAUGGUGAUACCAGCCUCUUCUUCAGUAACUUACUUCUCGGUACUCCUGUCCUGAAAGAUAUCAGUUUCAAGAUAGAAAGAGGACAGUUGUUGGCAGUUGCUGGAUCUACGGGAGCAGGCAAGACUUCACUUCUCAUGAUGAUUAUGGGCGAAUUGGAACCUUCAGAGGGUAAAAUUAAGCACAGUGGAAGAAUUUCAUUCUGCUCUCAGUAUUCCUGGAUCAUGCCUGGAACCAUUAAAGAUAACAUCAUCUUUGGUGUUUCCUAUGAUGAAUAUAGAUAUAGGAGUGUCAUCAAAGCAUGCCAACUAGAAGAGGACAUCUCCAAGUUUUCAGAGAAAGACAACAUAGUUCUUGGAGAAGGUGGAAUCACACUGAGUGGAGGUCAGCGAGCAAGAAUUUCUUUAGCAAGAGCAGUAUACAAAGAUGCUGAUUUGUACCUAUUAGACUCCCCUUUUGGAUAUCUAGAUGUUUUAACAGAGAAAGAAAUAUUUGAAAGCUGUGUCUGUAAAUUGAUGGCUAACAAAACUAGGAUUUUGGUCACUUCUAAAAUGGAACACUUAAAGAAAGCUGACAAAAUAUUAAUUUUACAUGAAGGUAGCAUCUAUUUCUAUGGUACAUUUUCUGAAUUACAAAAUCAGCGGCCUGACUUCAGCUCGAAGCUCAUGGGAUGUGACACUUUCGACCAGUUUACUGCAGAACGAAGAAACUCAAUCAUAACUGAGACUUUACGGCGUUUCUCAUUAGAAGGAGAUACUUCUGUCUCCUGGAAUGAAACAAAAAAGCCUUCUUUUAAACAGACUGGAGAGUUUGGUGAAAAAAGGAAGAACUCCAUUCUCAAUUCAAUCAACUCUAUAAGGAAAUUUUCAGUUGUACAAAAGACUUCAUUACAAAUGAAUGGUAUCGAUGGAGCUUCUGAUGAGCCUUUAGAGAGAAGACUAUCCUUAGUUCCCCAUUCUGAACCUGGAGAGGGGAUCCUGCCUCAGAGCAAUGCAGUCAACAGUGGCCCCACAUUUCUGGGAGGGAGGAGGCAGUCAGUUCUGAACCUUAUGACCUGCUCCUCAGUGAACCAAGGUCAAAGCAUUCACCGAAAGACAGCGACAUCCACACGAAAAAUGUCACUGGCUCCUCAGGCAAGCUUAGCCGAAAUAGAUAUAUAUUCAAGACGGUUAUCUCAAGAUACUGGCUUGGAAAUAAGUGAAGAAAUUAAUGAAGAAGAUUUAAGGGAUUGCUUUUUUGAUGAUGUGGAGAACAUACCAGCAGUGACUACCUGGAACACAUACCUUCGAUAUAUUACUGUCCACAAGAGCUUAAUGUUUGUGCUAAUUUGGUGCUUAGUUGUGUUUCUGGUUGAGGUGGCUGCUUCUUUGGUUGUGCUGUGCCUGUUUCCGAAAAUACUUUUUCAAGACAAAGGAAAUAGUACUAAGAGUGGAAAUAACAGUUAUGCAGUGAUCAUCACCAGCACCAGCUCGUAUUAUAUUUUUUACAUUUAUGUGGGAGUAGCUGACACUUUGCUUGCUCUAGGACUCUUCAGAGGUUUACCACUGGUGCAUACUCUAAUCACAGUGUCAAAAACUUUACACCACAAAAUGCUCCAGUCUGUUCUUCAAGCCCCUAUGUCAACCCUCAACACGUUGAAAACAGGUGGAAUUCUUAAUAGAUUCUCCAAAGAUAUAGCAGUUUUGGAUGAUCUUCUGCCUCUUACCAUAUUUGACUUCAUUCAGUUGUUAUUAAUUGUGAUUGGAGCUGUGGUGGUCGUCUCCGUUUUACAACCCUACAUCUUCCUAGCUACAGUGCCAGUGAUAGCGGCUUUUAUUCUCUUGAGAGCCUACUUCCUCCACACCUCCCAGCAACUCAAGCAGCUGGAAUCUGAAGGCAGGAGUCCAAUUUUCACUCAUCUUGUUACAAGCUUAAAAGGACUAUGGACACUUCGUGCCUUUGGACGGCAGCCUUACUUUGAAACUUUAUUCCACAAAGCUCUGAAUUUACAUACUGCCAACUGGUUUUUAUAUCUGUCAACACUGCGCUGGUUCCAAAUGAGAAUAGAAAUGAUUUUUGUCAUUUUCUUCAUUGCUGUUACCUUCAUUUCCAUUUUAACAACAGGUGAAGGAGAAGGAAGAGUUGGGAUUAUUCUAACUUUAGCCAUGAAUAUCAUGGGUACAUUGCAGUGGGCUGUAAACUCUAGCAUAGAUGUGGAUAGCUUGAUGCGAUCUGUGAGCCGAGUUUUUAAGUUUAUUGAUAUGCCAACAGAAGAUGGUAAACCUAACAAUUCAUUCAGACCAUCCAAAGAUAGUCAACCCUCAAAAGUUAUGAUCAUCGAGAAUCAACAUGUGAAGAAAGAUGACAUCUGGCCCUCAGGGGGCCAAAUGACUGUCAAAGACCUCACAGCAAAGUACAUAGAUGGAGGGAAUGCCAUACUAGAGAACAUAUCCUUCUCAAUAAGUCCCGGCCAGAGGGUGGGCCUCUUGGGAAGAACUGGAUCAGGGAAGAGCACUUUGUUACUGGCUUUUUUGAGACUGCUGAAUACCAAAGGAGAAAUCCAAAUAGAUGGUGUGUCUUGGAAUUCAAUUACUUUGCAACAAUGGAGGAAGGCCUUUGGAGUCAUACCACAGAAAGUAUUCAUCUUUUCUGGAACAUUUAGAAAAAACUUGGAUCCCUAUGAACAGUGGAGUGAUCAAGAAAUAUGGAAAGUUGCAGAUGAGGUCGGACUCAGAUCUGUGAUAGAGCAGUUUCCUGGGAAGCUUGAUUUUGUCCUUGUGGAUGGGGGUUGUGUUCUAAGCCACGGCCACAAACAGUUGAUGUGCUUGGCCAGAUCUGUUCUCAGUAAAGCAAAGAUCUUGCUGCUUGAUGAACCCAGUGCUCAUUUGGAUCCAAUAACAUACCAGAUCAUUCGAAGAACCCUAAAACAAGCAUUUGCUGAUUGCACAGUAAUCCUCUCUGAACACAGGAUAGAAGCAAUGUUGGAAUGUCAACGAUUUUUGGUCAUAGAGGAGAACAAGGUGCGGCAGUAUGAUUCCAUCCAGAGGAUGCUGAGCGAGAAGAGCCUCUUCCGGCAGGCCAUCAGCCCCGCAGACCGCCUGAAGCUCUUGCCCCACCGGAACUCGAGCAGGCAGAGGUCUCGGGCCAACAUCGCUGCUCUGAAGGAGGAGACAGAAGAAGAGGUGCAGGAAACAAAGCUGUAG